AUGUUGUUUGAAGAAGAGCCUACAAUUGAGAAUAGGAUUGUGCUUCAAAAGGCUCAAUCUAAAUUGAAGAAACACUUGAGUAUUGAGGAGCAGUAUUGGAAGCAAAAAGCUGGGAUGAUUUGGUUUGCUGAAGGAGAUAGGAAUACAAGUUUCUUUCAUAAUUAUGUCAAUGGCAAAAGAAAGAAAUUACAACUGAAGAGGAUUAAAAGUAGUAGUGGGGUAUGGAUUGAAGACCAGGAGCAAUUAGCUACAACUGCAGAUCAUAAUUUGGAACUUAGCAGAUUGCCAACAAUUGAAGAAGUAAGGGCGGUAAUUUUUGAGCUUAGUGGGGAGAGUGCUAGUGAUCCUGAUGGAUUCACUGGCCUAUUGGAGAGUAUUCUGCCAUCUUUAGUAUCUCCUAAUCAAUCCAGAUUUGUAAAGGGUAGGAGUAUAUUUGAGAACAUUUUAUUAACUCAAGAAAUUGUCACUGACAUAAGGUUAAGGGGAAAGCCAGCUAAUGUGGUGAUCAAGCUUGAUAUGGCAAAGGCCUAUGAUAGGGUUUCAUGGAAGUACUUGUUACAUGUGCUAAGGAAGAUGGGAUUUUCUAAGAACUUCAUCAACAUGUCCUCAGGGUUCUUUAAGUCUACAAGGGGUGUGAAGCAAGGGGAUCCCCUAUCUCCAGCAUUGUUCAUUCUGUCAGCUGAGGUACUUUCCAGGUGUUUGAAUAAGCUCUUUGAAGACAAGUCAUUUGUGGGAUUUGGAAUGCCUAAGUGGUCUGAUCCUUUAAGCCACUUGGCAUAUGCUGAUGAUACCAUAAACUUUGCAUCUGCUCAUCCUCCCUCCUUGAGCAAGAUUAUGGCAGUGUUGGGGAACUAUGAGAAGAUAUCAGGUCAGAUGAUCAACAAAGAUAAGAGUUCAUACUACAUGCAUUCAAAGGUUGCUAAUGGAUUGUUUCAGGCAGUUGGAGCUAUUACAGGAUUUGCAAGAGGUAAAUUCCCCUUCACAUACCUAGGGUGUCCUAUUUUUUAUACUAGAAGGAGGAAGGACUAUUAUGAGGAUCUUAUCAAGAAGGUGAAGGCUAAAUUGCAUUCAUGGAAAGUAAAGUUGCUGUCAUUUGGAGGAAAGGCAACACUAAUCUCUAGUGUAUUGCAAAGUAUGCCAGUUCAUAUGUUAUCAAUCCUUGAUCCACCAAACAACAUCCUGAAGCAUCUACAUAAUAUUUUUGCUAGGUUCUUUUGGAGCACAAAGGAAGAAGGGAGAAGCAGACACUGGGCUUCAUGGCAAAAUCUUUACCUUCCUAAAGAGGAAGGGGGCCUAGGUUUUAGGUCACUACAUGAUGUCUCAAGGGCAAUGUUUGCUAAACUAUGGUGGAGGUUUAGGACCACAAAAUCUUUGUGGUCUAAUUUCAUAUGGAAUAAGUAUUGCAAGAAGGAGCUACCAACAGUGGUGCAUUUUAGGAAAGGGUCUCAUGCUUGGAGACAAAUGCUGAAUACUAGGGAAGAAGUAGAACAUGAGAUCGUAUGGGAAUUGAAGAGUGAAACCACUAAUAUUUGGCAUGAAAAUUGGACUGGAUUGGGUGCACUUUAUCACGUAUUACCUGAAGACUUUCCAAUCAAUGAAGAUCUUCAGGAUGUGGCAGAACUGCGGCAAGGGGAAGCAUGGGAUAUUCAGCUGCUAGAUCAAACUUUCAAUGAGGAAAUUGCAGAACAUAUAAGGCUGAAUGUGUAUUAUGAAGGCAGUGAGGGAUAUUGGGAUAGGCCAUACCGGAUGCCAACUCCUUCAGGCAAGUUCAGUGUUAGCAGUGCUUGGCAAAUAUUAAGGCAUAAGGCUGAUCCUAAUCAGGAAUUCAAGUUAAUGUGGAUUAAAGGUUUGCCUUUCAAGAUAUCCUUCUUCUUGUGGAGAUUGUGGAGCCAGGAAAUAGCCACUGAUGACAUGUGGAGGAGGUAA